AUUUACUUGCAGGUGAAAGUAAAAAUACGUGGCACAACGAGCUGUUAUUACGUUUUCGAAUUGAAUUAUAGACAGUUUGACACCAUAUCGUAGACAUUUGUUAUGUGACUGUGUUGUGUACGCCCUAAUUUAUGAAUUGAGAGGGCAAUCAAAAAUGGAAGUUCGGUUGAGAUGUAUGAGGUGUGGACAGACUGUCAAGACUUUGGUCUUGUUACUUUUUUGUGUCAGUAUGAACAUCAAGUUAACAGUUUCACUGGAUGCAGGGGGCGUGGCUGCUAGCAGUCUAGGAAAACAGAACAUUGAUCAGUCUGACAAAGACCAGGGAGAAACAAAUUUUAACCAGCAGCCUCCAUCUGGUACUGAUCCCCCGUCCCGGGGGCAGGACCCUACACAUGCUCAGGACAGACAAGGUAAUCAAAACAGUGGAAAUUUAGAACAUAGUACACUACCAGAACCAGUGGAAAAGUAUGAAACUCAAUCUCUACAAAAUAAAGCCCAACCCCAAAUCCAAAUUAAUCAACAGGCACCACAAGUUCAUCAAAACACACCACCGGUACAAGCUAAAAUAGUCCCACCUCCAACACAAGUUAACCAAAACACACCACAAACACCAGUUAACACACAUAUAUCAACACAAACACCAGUUAACACGGACACACCACCAACACCAAUUAACGAAAACACACCGCCAACACAAGUUCCAAACACACCACAAACACCAGUUAACCAAAACACACCACCAACACAAGUUCCAAACACACCACAUGUACAAACACCAGUUAACCCAAACACACCACAAACACCAGUUAACCAAAACACACCACCAACACAAGUUCCAAACACACCACAUGUACAAACACCAGUUAACCCAAACACACCACAAACACCAGUUAUCCCAAACACACCACCGACAUCAGUUAACCAAAACACACCACCAACACCAGUUAACCAAAACACACCACCAACACCAGUUAACCAAAACACACCACCAACACCAGUUAACCCAAACACACCACCAACACAAGUUAACCCGAACACACCACCAACACCAGUUAACCAAAACACACCACCAACGCCAGUUAACCAAAACACACCACCAACGCCAGUUAACCAAAACACACCACCAAUGCCAGUUAACCAAAACACACCACCAACGCCAGUUAGUCAAAACGCACCACCAACGCCAGUUAGUCAAAACGCACCACCAACACCAGUUAGUCAAAACGCACCACCAACGCCAGUUAACCAAAACGCACCACCAACGCCAGUUAACCAAAACACACCACCAACGCCAGUUAGUCAAAACGCACCACCAACGCCAGUUAACCAAAACACACCACCAACGCCAGUUAACCAAAACACACCACCAACGCCAGUUAACCAAAACACACCACCAACGCCAGUUAACCAAAACACACCACCAACGCCAGUUAGUCAAAACACACCACCAACACCUGUUAAUCCAAACACACCACCAACACCAGUUAAUCAAAACACACCAUCAACACCAGUUAAUCCAAACACACCACCAACACCAGUUGACCAAAACGCAUCACCAGUUAACCAAAAUAAACCACCAACACCAGUUAACCAAAAUUCACCACCAACACCAGUUAGUCAAAACACACCACCAACACCAGUUAACCAAAAUUCACCACCAACCCCGGUUAAUGAUGCAUUACCAACACAAGUUAACCAAGGCUUACACUCCGAACAAUAUAAAAUACAUCAGAGUUCUAAUCAAGAACAGGAAGAAAUAAGUAGUGGAUCUUUAAAUCAAGGACAUCAGAAAAAUGAUAAAGAGAACACAGAUGGUCUGGCGUUAGACAAGUUCACAGAUACAGCUGAGGACGGUAGUAGUAUGGACAAAGGGGAAAAACCACGCCCUGUAGACACCCCUCAGUCACCAACCCCCUCCUCUCCCACUCCCAGCAAUGGUAAUCAGCAGGAUAAUACUGUCUCAGAAGAAUCAUCAGAGGAAGUCCAGCUGACAGCUGAAGAGAUCAAAGCUGAGGAGUUUUACAGACAGGGAGAAGCAUUCAUCAAUACUACCUAUCUCAAAGACUAUGAACAAGCACACCGAUACUUCCAGUUGGCAGCGAAGCUUAACCAUACACCUGCCCUGGAGUACACAGGCUUUGCUCAUCUGUUCGGGGACUACCUACCCCAGAACAUCUCCAAUGCUAUAGAAGUGUUCCAGAACCUGGCUGAACGGGGCAGUCCAAGGGGUCAGCUGGGGAUGGGAUUUGUAAACAGUGCUGGUAUUGGUAGAAAUUCCAGUCAGGCAGAGGCACUGGUCUACUUUACUUUUGCAUCACUCGGAGGAGAUCCUUUGGCCCAGAUGGCUUUGGGAUACCGGUAUUGGUCGGGGAUCGGUGUAGAGAUGAAGUGUGAGACAGCCCUGACUUACUACAAGAAAGUGGCAGCCACAGUGGCGGAUGUAGUUACAGUGUCUGGUGGCCCUGUGAUACAGAGAGUACGACUCCAGGAUGAGGUGGAGAACACUAACUCUGGUCAAAGUGCCCUCAUGGACGAUGACCUUCUCCAAUACUACCACUUCUUGGCUGACAAAGGCGAUGUUCAGGCACAGGUUGUCCUGGGACAGCUGUACUACCAGGGAGGCCGAGGUGUUGGAAUCAACCAUGAGAGAGCCCUCCACUACUUCCUAAUGGCAGGGGAGUCAGCUAAUGCCAAUGCCUAUGCUUUCCUUGGAAAGAUGUACUCUGAGGGAAGCCCAGCUAUCAAACAGAACAACCAAACUGCCUUACAGUUCUUCAGACAGGCAGCAGAGAAGGGUAACCCAGUUGGACAGACUGGACUAGGGGUGAUGUACAUGUAUGGCAAAGGUGUAGAACAGGAUUACAUGAAAGCCUUCCAGUACUUCACACAAGCUGCUGAGCAGGGCUGGAUGGAGUCCCAACUACAACUUGGACUCAUGUACUUCAGUGGAAAAGGAGUGAGGAGAGAUUACAAAUUGGCUGUUAAAUACUUCAACCUUGCUUCACAAGGGGGCCACGUAUUGGCCUUCUUCAACCUGGCUCAGAUGCAUGCUACAGGAACAGGGGUGCUAAGGAACUGUCAUACUGCAGUAGAGUUGUUUAAAAAUGUGGCUGAGCGUGGUCGUUGGGCCGAGAUGCUGUCUGAGGCACACAGUCUGUACAAGGAGGGUAAUCUCUUCCAGUCCCUUGUCAAGUACACCUUCCUGGCUGAGCUUGGAUACGAGGUGGCUCAGUCCAACGUAGCUUACAUACUAGACCAAGGUGACAUUGGGGAUUUCAAGGAAUCUGAGAUCUACGAGCGUGCAUUAUUGCAGUGGGCACGUGCAGCUGCCCAGGGAUCAACAUCAGCACGAGUAAAAAUGGGCGACUACCACUACUAUGGCCAGGGGACUAAGAUAGAUUAUGAGACAGCUGCCUCCCACUACCGUGUGGCCUCGGAGCAGCAGCAUAAUGCUCAGGCCAUGUUCAACCUCGGCUACAUGCAUGAGAAGGGCCUGGGGCUCAAACAGGAUGUUCACCUUGCCAAACGUUUCUAUGACAUGGCAGCAGAAACUAGUAUGGAUGCCCAGGUACCAGUAAUGCUUGCUCUUGCCAAACUUGGUGUCUUUUAUGGUGUUGAUGUCUUCAACAAGGAGAUUGAAGACUAUCAUCAGUUGUUUCUGAAGCUGGACCCCCGGUCCUACCUCGGACCUGACUGGGAUAUUUUUGUGAUGACAUUCCUUGCACUUCUUCUUGGAUUCAUCGUACUUCUCCGAAGGAUCCGAUAGUCCUGAAUACACCCAUGUUCAGGGUACAGGGCAGUUAGUGGUGCUACUACAUAUACCUGGCUUAUCAUCAGGGCCCAUUGUAUCCGAUCAGGAGAUAUGUUCAGUAACAUUACUGAUAUGAAUAUCAACAUAAGUGAGAGAGAUAUAUGUUUAUAUUUCAUUCAGAGAUUCAGGUCCGAAUUGUGGUUCUACACCAUUCCAGAUUUUGAGGUAAAAGCAAGACUUGAUUAGAACAUGUCAGUAAUACCUGAAGAUCAUGACAACACUGCCUUGUGUGGAAACCCAAUCUCUUGUGUUCAAUGUACAGGUUAACAGCUGGUCUGGAUACAAGAAGGAGAGAUGGUGUUAGUCUCGGAGGGAAAACAUAUUUUUUAUGAAAAUGAUCAUUGCCUUAAGAUAUUUCUUCUGAACUUUGAAGAAGUCUGUUUUAGAUGUUCAUGAAUGGAAAAGAUAUCGUUGUUCUAGUGAAUUUUUAGGAUUUUUAUAGGACUGCCUGUAAUCUCUCAGCUGCUAUGACACUGGGCAUUUUGAAGAAUGAAGCCCUGUAUACCCUAGUCAAAACUAGAUCCUACUGCCUAACACAGGGACUGGGUGAUUUUAUAGUCAUCAUUACACACACACAGGGACUGGGUAAUAUUGUAGUCACUAUUACAUAGACACAGGGACUGGGUAAUAUUGUAGUCACUAUUACAUAGACACAGGGACUUGGUAAUAUUGUAGUCACUAUUACAUAGACACAGAGACUGGGUAAUAUUGUAGUCACUAUUACACAGACACAGGGACUGGGUAAUAUUAUGGUCACUAUUACACAGACAUAGGAACUGGGUAAUAUUGCAAUGCAGGUCACCAUUACAGACACAGGAGCUAGGUAAUAUUGUCGUCCCCAUUACACAUACACAGGGACGAGGUAAUAUCGUAGUCACCAUUACACAUGGACUAGGUAAUAUUGUAGUCACCAUUACACAGGGACAGGGUAAUUAAUAUUGUAGUCACCAUUACAUAGACACAGGGACAGGGUAAUUAAUAUUGUAGUCACUCCCUUAUUGCAACACAGAAUUAGCACUGUUUUUGAUUCUGUUAUUACAUCACAGGGAUUUGGCAAUUUUUUCACUGCCAUUAUUAAAGCACAGGGACUUAGCAAUAUUGUAAUUACUAGUAUUGAUACAACACAGGGAAUGGGUGAUAUGUUAGUUCCUGCUCAACAAUGCCUCAUGAGGCUGUCAGAUUGGUUGUGCCUGCCAAUACCUCAUGUGGCUCUGUCAAAUUUUGUUUUGUCUUUUUCUUGUACAUGUGCUUUUUUUACUUAUCCAUUUCCUUGUUUUAUUUUAAUUUGUUUAUUCAUACUUGUUUUGAUUUCUUUUCAUUUCACUUGUAUGUGUUUAUUGGUUUUAUCUGUAUUGGUUUUAGCUGUGUGUGUUUACCUGUGUGUGUUUACCUGUACUCGUUUUAGUUGUAAUUGUCUUUCUUUCAUUCUUUCUUUUAUUAUAAUUUCCUGUGUUACCCACAUUUAGGGAUCGCUAUAUAUCCAGAACUAAAUUGAAGUAGUUUUCAGUAAUUAGUUAAAAUAAAACCAGAUAGUUGUAACAUCAGAUUACCUGCAGGUAAUAUGUUAAGUCUGCCAUACCUUUAAAAAACUCCAAAUUCCUGAUAAAGGGUGUGAAGCAAUUUAUAAUAUGGCCUUAUUUGCCUGUGUUAGUGCUUUAGUAAGCAAUAGGAAAUGCAACAGCACAUACAUGUACCAGGCAUUUUUGCACAUGUGAAAGGAUGACUUCACUCAAUAGCCUACGCAAGGUACCUUUAGAAGUUAAAGUUGUGCAGCCCAACGGAUGUGCACAGGAAAUUACAGUACCUAAUUGUUUAUCUGUGUAGUCUGGUUUUCUUAUGGAUAAUUAUAUUAUGGGAUUUUAAAAGAAGAAAAAAAGAUUGUAAUGAGUUAAAAAGAGUUUUUGUACAGAAGAAUGUUUUGAUAUCAUUUAUAGAAAAUCUAUGAUGUAUAUAUGCAAAUCUUUAUGAAGAUAUGAUGCUAUUUAUUGUGUAAAUGGAUGUACAUUCAUGCAGUGGUAUGCUGUGUUUGAUGGAGAAGGCAUAGAGAGAGAGAAAGUGGGGAAUAAUGGUUUGAUUAAAAAGUACAUGUGUGUGGUAGUAUGAUAAUUUAGUGAAUGGCAUGUGUGAGAUCUUUGUGGAUUGAAUGGUUGACAUGAUGUUAUUGACUGAGGAAUGAUAGAUAAAGGUACCCGGUAUGUCAUGUUGGAGUGUAUAAGUAAAUCUUUAUUUAAUCAAAUUGAGGGUAGAAGUUAUCUAAGAUGUCUAACCAAUUGACUUACACCAUUACAUGUUACCAUGGUGACCUGCCCUGGUACAUGUUAACACAGGGACCUGCCCUGGUACGUGUUAACACAGGGACCUACCCUGGUACAUGUUAACACAGGGACCUACCCUGGUACUUGUUAACACAGGGACCUACCCUGGUACAUGUUACCAUGGUGACCUGCCCUGGUACUUGUUAACACAGGGACCUACCCUGGUACUUGUUAACACAGGGACCUACCCUGGUAUGUGUUAACACAGGGACCUACCCUGGUACUUGUUAACACAGGGACCUACCCUGGUACGUGUUAACACAGGGACCUACCCUGGUACGUGUUAACACAGGGACCUACCCUGGUACAUGGUUACACAGGGACCUACCCUGGUAUGUGUUAACACAGGGACCUACCCUGGUACAUGUUAACUUAGGGACCUACCCUGGUAUGUGUUAACACAGGGACCUACCCUGGUACGUGUUAACACAGGGACCUACCCUGGUACUUGUUAACACAGGGACCUACCCUGGUACAUGUUAACACAGGAUACAUUGCUGUGUGUCAGUAAAGCUUCACUGUACAUUGUAUACCAAAUUACUUACUAUAUACAUGUAUAUAUUGUUCUGAAUCAGUUGUUAUUCAAUAAUCAUGCUGCCUUAUGGCAUCCCCUGAAAGGAUGCCAUUAUAAAAAAAGAUGUGGUGUAUCUUGAAAGGGUAUCCGGUAUUCCAUCACAUAUGGUCUAAUGUUACCAGUAUGUGCCAUCUCAUUAGUCCACAAUGUGUGUCAAGUCAACAUUAACAAUCAAAGCUGUCUUUAAAGGCCACUGAUCAGAGCAGAGCACUUUUAUUAGCAGAUGGCCUUUAUAUAGAGGUUAUAUAGAAGUUACAUUGAGAACCAAAACAGAUGGUCUUUAUAGACAGGUGUUGUAAAAGAGGUGGCCUUCAAGCCAGACUCGACUGUUUUAAUGUAUUUGUGAAGUAGAAGACAAAAGAUUAUAUGAAGCUAAUCAUUAGACAGAUAUAACACGGUAGAUGUUCAUUUCACUGUGUUUAGAGUGUUGAUAUUUCAGGGUUUUUCUUCUCUUAUUUUUCGUGACCAUGAAAUAUACACGAUUUCAAUCCUGCAAAUGAUGCAUGUUCUAUCAGUGUUGUGAGAAUCGGCUUACAUGACAAAGCUAAGAACGUGAAAUUUGAUAUUGAAAUAUUAAAUAAUUUUACCAUGAUCAUGCUGAUUAGCUUCCUUUACAGCUAGUAAAUGUUAACUAGAAUCUGAAAAUGAUCAGUAAUGUAUGAUCAGUCACAGUGCAAUCUUACUCCCAACUAUAAUAAUAUAUUUUGGAUACAUGAUGUUAACAUUCCUAUAUGUUAGUAUAUAGAAUAUUUGAUCUUAUUAGCAUGCUUAAAUCCAUGAUUAAUGUCUCCACAUCAGUUCUAGUGUGAAUGUUUUGAGUACAUUGUACGUGCUGUGUGAGUCUCUGGCUCAUACAUACAGUAAUAUAAUGUGUGUGAAUGUUUUGAGUACAUUGUACGUGCUGUGUGAGUCUCUGGCUCAUACAUACAGUAAUAUAAUGUGUGUGAAUGUUUUGAGUACAUUGUAUGUGCUGUGUGAGUCUCUGGCUCAUACAUACAGUAAUAUAAUGUGUGUGAAUGUUGUGAACAUAUGUGUGUGUGUCUCCAGAUAUUGUGGACAUAUGUGUGUGUCUCCAGAUAUUGUGGACAUAUGUGUGUGUCUCCAGAUAUUUGUGGACAUAUGUGUGUAUCUCCAGAUGUUGGCUGGAUACAGAAAUAAAAAAAAAACUUGUGUGAAUGUAGCAAUUUGUGUAUGUGUGUUAAAUAGAUCUCCAGAUGUUUGUUACACACGGAACAAUAAAAUGUGUGAAACAAAAAUAAAAUUAUAUGUAAACAGUUUUUUUUAAGUUUAUCAUUUUCUUCCUCAGCCCCAGCUUAUUUCAGUGAUUCUGUUGCAUUUUUUUUAUGAUUAUUCAUUCAAAAAGCAUCUGGAGUGAACAUUUCACAGAAUAGCGUUUUUUAUGUCAAAUAGUCGGAAAUUUCACCGCACCACACACCAAGAAUGUAUAGAUCAUUAUUUAAAUAAAACAGUAUAUUAUAAUAAUA